UAGCGGUCUUCGUGUAAUAAUCCGCUCUCUCUCUCUCUCUACAAGGAGACGCUAGAGACAGAGAGAGAAGCAAAUCUCAUCAACAAAACCACCAUUCCCCUCCUCCACCUCCUCCCUUCUCUCUCCCCUCAUCGGCGAAUCCGAUCACCUCCCUACAUCGGUGAUCGUCCCCCGAUCCCCCUCUCGCUCGCACUCCGAUCCGAAUCCGAGGGCCCUCCGAUCGCCGCUCGGAUCGCCUCCUCCGCCGCCGCCGCCGCCGCCGCCGCCGACGACGACGACGAUCGCUGCCGAUCCGGAGCGGUUCCGAUCCUCCGCCGCUGUGUAUGGAAAGCCGGAGACGGGAGCGAUCGCCGAUUCGCUGCUGAGGGAGUGGCGGAGGGGAGGGGAGAGGAAACGAGAUGCCCGGGCUUUUGCAGAGGACCGCGCAAUUAGGCGGCGCUCCGGCGACUCACUCUGCCGCCUCCGCCUCCGUCGCCUGCGGAUCCGGCUCCGCUUGCGGAAUCUGGUCGCGAAGCCGGGAGGAGAUUACCUUCGAUCGGCUCCAGAAGUUUUGGAGCGAGUUGCCGGUACAGGCUCGGCAGGAGCUGCUAAGGAUAGAUAAACAGACCUUAUUUGAGCAAGCUCGGAAGAAUCUAUACUGUUCCAGAUGCAAUGGUUUGCUAUUGGAGAGCUUCACACAGAUUGUCCUUUAUGGGAAGUCAUUGCAGCAGGAAGGCUUGGGCAUGCAUCUUCCUAGCACAACAGGGACGUCCGACAGCCAUUUAAAGGUUGGGGAGCUUGAUGACGUGCAGGAGCAGCAGGACCCGUCAGUCCAUCCCUGGGGAGGGCUGACAACAACUAGGGAUGGAAUACUGUCACUUCUUGACUGCUUCAUAACUGCAAAGUCGCUUAGGACACUCCAGAACGUAUUUGACAACGCACGAGUGAGGGAACGCGAAAGGGAGUUGCUUUAUCCUGAUGCCUGUGGUGGGGGAGGCAGAGGAUGGAUUAGCCAAGGCAUUGCUAAUUAUGGCAGAGUGCACGGAACUCGAGAAACCUGUGCUUUGCACACGGCUAGGCUUUCCUGUGAUACAUUGGUGGAUUUCUGGUCUGCACUUGGUGAAGAAACUAGAUCGUCUCUCUUACAGAUGAAGGAGGAGGAUUUUAUAGAAAGACUUAUGUACAGGUUUGACAGCAAGAGAUUUUGCAGAGAUUGCAGAAGGAAUGUCAUCCGGGAAUUCAAGGAGCUGAAGGAACUAAAGCGCAUGCGACGGGAACCUCGCUGCACUAGUUGGUUCUGUGUGGCAGAUACGGCUUUCCAAUACGAGGUAUCUGAAGACACUGUCCGAGCUGACUGGCACCAGUGCUUUCCCGAUACAGUAGGGAUAUAUCACCAUUUCGAAUGGGCUAUUGGAACAGCAGAGGGCAAAUGUGAUAUUCUGGACUUCGAAGAUGUUGGCAUGAAUGGCGAUGUUGAAAUUAGUGGACUCGAUCUAGGUGGUUUAAGCGCUUGCUUUAUCACUCUGAGAGCUUGGAAGCUCGAUGGUCGUUACACUGAGCUUCGUGUAAAGGCACAUGCAUUGAAGGGACAACCAUGUGUUCAUCGUAGGAUGAUAGUAGGUGAUGGUUUUGUGACAAUAACGAAGGGUGAAAGUAUAAGAAGGUUCUUUGAGCAUGCUGAAGAAGCUGAGGAAGAAGAUGAUGAUGAUUCCAUGGACAAAGAUGAAAAUGAUCUUGAUGGUGAUGGUUCCCGUCCACAAAAGCAUGCCAAGAGCCCUGAACUUGCUAGAGAGUUUCUUUUGGAUGCUGCAACAGUUAUCUUUAAAGAGCAGGUAGAAAAGGCCUUCAGAGAAGGAACAGCUCGACAAAAUGCACACUGUAUAUUUGUUUCACUGGCCUUACAGUUGCUGGAAGACCGUGUACAUGUCGCGUGCAAAGAAAUUAUCACAUUAGAAAAACAGACCAAGCUCCUUGAGGAAGAGGAGAAAGAAAAGCGUGAGGAAGAAGAGCGCAAGGAGAGGAGGAGGAUGAAGGAGAGAGAAAAGAAGCUUAGAAGAAAAGAGAGGCUGAAAGAAAAGGAGAAGGAGAGAGAACUAAAGCUUACUGAUUCGAAAUCAUCUAAUGGCGUGUGCCCAACAUCUUUUAAUGAGUCGCCCACCAGUACACAUGAUGAUUCACCUAACACUCCCGACUCCACAGAUUCAGUUAGUGAACAUGGUGAUGCUAUAAAUUACAUUAUGGAUGAACAAUCACCAGAAAGGAACCUAAAGAAUGACUCUUUGAAUCACCAAUAUUCCAUUGAACGGGAAUUUACUGCUGCUAGAGAUGGAAACAGCUCUUUUAUUGUUGAGCAAUCAAAAUCGUCAAGGCGAAAACUGAGAUUCAGGAAAGAGUCAAUGCAAGAUCAAACUUCCAAUUGGUACGACAAGAUCAUUCAGGACAAUGAACCCGAACUGAACGCACGAACAAGUGCGUCUUCUAGAAGCAUGAGUGGUAUGCACAAGCUGUCGAGAGAAAGAGUUUUAAGGAACAACACCAGAAAUUGUAACACAAUGAAGUUUAGUGACAAGUUUCACUGCUCAAACAGCAGAAUGCGAGAUCGAUACCAAGACUUCCAUUCAUGUAACUGCAAUCAUCAGGGAGACUACAGAAUAAAGGCUGCAAAUACAACAGUAUGCGCAUUGGAUGGACAGAGACCGUUCUACCGCACUAUAAAAUACAGCAAUAAUGGUUGUUAUCCACCAGACAAAGGAAGCUAUGUUGGUAGCUCACCUAACAAAAUUUUUCACACGAAGCAGGUGUGGGAGAAGUGUUCUAGAAAAAGUACAGAUGUUGCUUCGGAGACUUGUGCCAAAAAUGAUCAGUCCGAGGUAGUUGGAAAUACUAAGGGUUGUAAUGGAUCGGAGGAAGAACAUUCUAGAAAUUCUGAGAAUUUGGAUGCUUUGAACAAUGACCUAGUUCUUGAGGACAAUGCUUACCAGAGUAGGCUUGUUGUGGUAACAAAAUCAGAUUGCUAUUCAAAGGAUGGUGUGGAGAAGGAAAUUGACUCUUUCACGAUCAAGUCCAAUUUUCCUUUGGAUAAUAUAUCUGAUCCGAGCAGCACAAGCUCAUCAAGUGCUCAAAAUAAUGAAUCAUCUUCAACUUCAGAUUCAGAGGAUGCUAGCCAACAGUCUGAUGGGAGAGACACGUCGGCAUGCUUUAGCAUUGGUUUUUCUAAAUUCCCAGAUGAAACCGUAGAAAGAAAUAGCAUUGAUAAAGGAAGGUCUCCACCAGAAAGUUCAAUAAAAGCUCUUCACAGUUCAAAUAAUGGUCGUCUUGGUUCGGAUAUGUCCCCAACCCGGCAAAACAUGCCACCGAUGCGUAACCAAAAUGUGCAUAUGCCCAUUUUCCCUUCUCCGCAUAUGGGAUAUUAUAGUAAACCUGCCGCUCCUUGGGCAACAAAUGGGCUUUUGCCUUUUGCCCAGCCUGACCACUUUGCUAUCCCUACUCCGGUUGGGUAUCCCGGUUUCUCCAUUCACUACAACAGUCUACAACCCUCAGCAGCUUCUCCCUUUGGUGGGACACAAUAUCCCGUAUACCACAACGGCAGUAAAGUAACUCCUACCUUGAAGGAACAAUACAAAUACGCUGACUCGUGUGGAAGUCAACAGGUUGUUAGCCCUAUAGCCGAGCCGAUCGGCAGUAGGCGCCCUCUUGAAAGUUCAUUUCCAAAGAGACAGAUCCCUUCAAGACCACAUUCGGCAGAACAAAGCGGCGGCUUGGGAAGUGCUUCUCCGGAGACUGCUUCUGAACUGCACAGUGACAGCCCGUCCUUCUCUUUGUUUCACUUUGGCGGCCCUAUGGCGGGUCUCUCAGCGGGAUUAGUGUUGAACCCCCUAUCAUCUAAAGAAGAGAUAUCUGGAGGAUUAGUCUCUCAGUCGCCUAUAACGAAAGCUAAUAGUUGUUCAAAAGAAGAGACAAAUGUGGAAGAAUACAGAUUGUUUUCUUCUAGAAACGGGGCUACAUUUUCCUUUUUCUAGAUUACUUCAAGACCAUGCCUGCUCUCUCUACUUCCGCUGUAAAAGUGCAACCAUUCGUACUCGGUAAAUGGAGGAAAUAAUUGCUCGUGAAGUUUUUAGUAAGUUUUUCCUUGAUUGCUCUUUCCAAUUUGUGCUAUAUUUUUUUCGGAUUGUAGAAAGGAAAUUGCGAGUGAUAUAGAUUGUUGUCUUGUUUUUGUUUUUCCUUAAUGAGAUAAAUUUUUCUAGUUUGGAAAUUUUAUUUGGUAAUCUUUGCUUGGACAUUCACUGCAUCCUAAGCCAUAUUUUUGGGCCCAAGCUUUUGUGAGGAACUAGCUGUCAUAUAAUAAUACAUAAAAAGCAGGAGUGAAAUAAAAUCUAUCAUGUUUUGUUUUA